AUGUGUACGUCAGCUGGCUUCGUUGAACUCUUGUCUUUUGCUCAAGCUGAACUGAAACGGCAGGGAGUGUCAUUUUUGGCAGGGAUUGCCUGUCAGUUUCUGACGGUCGACGUUGUGGCAGUGAUUGCCACCAGAAUGGCGCCCCUUUGCCAAAUGAUAGAGAGACUUCAGUCCAGGGUGAAGGCGAAACAGGAGGGUGAUGUGAAGAAAGAGGAUGGGCCUCUUACUCCGUCCCCUUCCAAGAAGUUAGCGACAGACAUGGAGAAAAAGCUGAAGAAUGAGAUGUUGCAGCAUGUCAUGAGCUUCACCGAUGGCAACCUUGAUUGCGAACACCCUGCGCAAGCUGUCUUGGAUGCCCUAUGUGGAGACAAUGCAGGCACCUAUGGGCAGCAGCUGGAAGACUUCUUCGAGUCUUAUGCUGACAUGCGUGGACUGAAGAGCAAGAUGUUCAAGCCAUUGAAAGCUUGUGUGCAUGACUUAGUUUCCCCCAUGCAAAGACAUGCCAUUGAUGCCGCUAGCUGCGAUGACACUUUGAAGCUGCCCUUGACUGCACUGAAGUUCGCUGUGCCGGAAGAUGGUUUCCCCUCAAUCGAGGAUUGGACACACACCUUCACCAGCAUUCUCUUGGGCGGGCUGGAUUUGCAGCGAGAACCACUGGAUGUUUCAAUUCCAGACUUCAAGCCUGACGGUGCUUCAGCUGCAAACAUGGCCUCUCUUUUGAUUUGA